AGGAAAAUUGAAUGCGCUUAUAUGGACAUUGACACUCUAUACCUUCAACUCCUUCUUUUGCUGAAGCAAGGAAUCUCCAAAGGGAUGAUGCCCAACUUCUAUGAUGGCUCCCGGCCGACGAUGGUACCCACAAGCUCCAACUUGCCGGUGCUGCUGGGCAAUACCGUCAAUCAGGGGGAUCCAAACUCCAAAAAGAUGGUACAUUUCGAUCUGGAAGCCACUUUGCAGACAAUCGAUAACGAAGUGCUUGACGGCGAGGAAGGAAGCUGUCCUAUUUGCAAUAAAACAUUUAGCCGAAAAACCUCCCUACUCAACCACAUCCGCAAUCAUUCAGCUGAGAAGAAAUACGUGUGCGAAUUUUGCCAAAAAGGAUUUACGCAACAAGCCAAUCUGCGUAAUCAUGUCCGAAUUCACACCAACGAAAGGCCAUACGUUUGCGUCGACUGUGGGAAAGCCUUUACUCAGAUCACCAAUCUGAACAACCACAGGCGAUUGCAUACGGGCGAGAGACCAUACGUGUGUAUAGAAUCGAACUGCGGCCGCUCAUUUGCGCAGGUCACAAACUUAAACAACCAUAUGAAAACGCACCACAAGACCACCCUGUACGUAUGCAAUCAGUGUCCACGCAAAUUUAGCCAAGUUACUCAAUUGAACCUUCAUUUAAUUACCAACCACAGUUCGACUAGAGGAUUUUUCUGUCCGCAGUGCCCUGAUAAAUCUUUUAAGCAACAAUCGCACCUGCAGCAGCACAUGAAAAUUCACGGAACAAACUUUGGUUAUUCGUGUACAAAAUGCGAAGAAAAGUUUAUUCAAGAAUCUCACCUCGUGCUGCAUAUGAAGCAGCAUGGCGAUUACGCCUGCUCCAUGUGCUCGAUGACAUUUAACGACGAAGUGCUAUUGAAAAAGCACGUACAAAGACACGUCGACGGGAGAUACCUCACAUGCCCAGUGAUCAGUUGUAGCGAAGGAUUCACGAUGAAGAACCACCUGACGAAGCACAUGCAAAUGCACCAUCCUGCCGUUGAUCUCAAGAAACUGGGCGCUCAGCCCGGUGGAAAUAAGGCACCGAAGCACUUCUGUCACUAUCAUAACUGUAACGAAUCGUUCGAGACGGCCGACGGGUUGAGCAAUCACCUCCGUGUUGGACAUGGGCUUCCGAUAGCACUGCCCCUAGCGCUGCCAGUAGACGACAAAAAACUGAUUCAGCACGGUCUUCACGGACUGAAUGGACUUGAAACGCCACCACCCCAUCUGAUUCAUUCUCAGCUACACCCGGCAGCCUCAGUAAUGAAUGCCAGCUUUCAGUCAUAUCAGAAUCAGAUCAACCAGGCGAAUCCACAGCAGGCUAGCAACGGUGGCGUGAAUGGCGGGGACAAGCAAAAGGUUCUAUCUGUUUCGGAAUUGAUUAAUAUAAAUGAGCAGUUGAACCAACAUCAACAAGUGCAAAACCAUCACCAGCAGCAGCAACACCUUCACCAGCAACAGCAGCAUCAUUUACAGCAGCGAUCUGAGAUGGCCAUGAAAGUCGACAUCGAUCAAAAUCUUGAAGACAAAAUGAGCAAUUUUAAUAGAAUUAAAACGGAACUACAGGCCAAUAUGCUGGCGCAAACGCAGAAUCUGUUCGGCAUCUCUAAUACGUUGAACAACACCUUCAAUACUCAACCGAAACUGAUCUGCACCUACUGCUAUAACGUCUUCAAAACUCCACAAACCCUGUCGCGGCACAUUGAAAAGUUUCAUAGCUAAAUGCAUCUACAAUACAGAUAGAUUCAUUGCAAUUAUUGGGUUCCCUUC